UCGUGGCUUUAAAUGCACAGGGGUGUUGUGAAUAAAACGUCUGUGCUGUUGAACAUGCGGUUCAUUCUGUACAAGUCGUGGUUCGGGAGAUAUAAGGUGACGUCAGUAGAAGUAUUCGUCUUGCUCCGUGUGCUUUGAAGUCUAGGGCUGUGAUGUGACGACAUGUUCCUCUCAAGGAAACACAGAAGAAGUAUAUGGCUGAUGACAAUUGUAGCCCUCACAUGGGGCGUCGUUGUGGUCUGGGCUUGGGAAGAAACACCUCAUCAUGACACAAGAUUACAACAUUCUGACGCUCUUUGUGAGAAGCUGCAGUACAUGUCAGAGCCGACUAUGUGCGAUGCCAGUAUAACAGAAACACUACCAGCCGGGAUACAUACAAGAUCUGUUGAUGACAAAGGCCAGAAUAUAAAUUUGAACACAUCGAAGAAAAUACCGAAGGUUUAUAUUUAUUCCCUACCUACAAGGUUCAACAAAGACAUUGAAACAUGUGUAAACUAUGAUGUGCAGCCAUAUCUGUGUCUUCACUUACAAAAUGGAGGCUUAGGAAAAUUUAUUUACAGGGAAGGGGAGAUGGGAGUGUUUUAUACCAAUCAGUUCUCCCUGGAGGUGAUUAUUCACAACCAGCUUCUGCAGAGUCGAUACCGAACCCUUAACCCAGAGGAAGCUGACGUCUACUACAUCCCCGCCUACCUAGGGAUUUACUUCUUCUGCAGAUGGUCUACAAGUAUGGUGCAGUUACAAAAUGAAAUGUUCGAUAUUUUAGAUGCCAUGCCAUACCUCAGGCAAGGGAAGCCUCAUAUCUCAACACUUGCCAAAAUUGAAAGGGAACAAGCGACAAGCGAUCACCCGUUUCUUCAGAAUGAAAAAUGUCGAGAUGUGACUUACCUUGUCAUUGAAAAGGAAGCAUCCGUUUGGUACAGAAAGUUUCUAGGCCUUGAGAACCAAAGAGUUAUAGUGGCUCCUUAUCCAUCGUAUGUGCAUCUGUACAACGCUAAAACAACGUCUCAGUCAAUAUCCUCACCUGGAUUAGGAUCAAGGCAGGUGAUGAUUUUUGUCGCUGCUAGUGAUCGAAGAACCAACUUUUUCAGAAAUAUCAUCUUGGAUCAGAUGCCUCACAAAGUUGUCGAUACUACUUAUGAAAAGUUUGUUGCGCAAAUGCAAGCUCAAGGAAGGGAUGUGCCAACACAGGUGAUCCUUACAACAAUAGAAUGCCGGCCUGGUCAUGAGAACAUCACCAUUGGAUGGAUGCAGAAGUCCGUGUUCUGUCUUCAACCUCCUGGAGACUCCCCAACAAGGAAGUCAUUUUAUGACAGUAUUCAAAGUGGAUGCAUUCCAGUCAUUUUUGGAUUUGCUGAUCAGAAUGUGGAAUACCCCUUUCAACGGGUAUUGAAUUAUACGGAUUUCAUUGUGACGAUUGAUUCGGAGCGGAUAGAGCGACAGGAGCAGAUUCGAGACAUUUUAGAAGAAAUUCCCAAGGAUGAGGUACAUAGACUCCACCAGAAUGUUCUUAAGGUGGCCAAGAUGUUACAAUACAGCGCCACUGAGUCUGGCGCGAGUGACCAACCACGUUCUUACAGAGAUGCCCUGGACAUGAUCAUGGAAGAGGUGCAGCACAUGUAUAAUAUAUGAUGAUGCAUCGAUUAAAUUUAUAUGUUCCAGCGACCAGUGCACAGCCGGAGUAAUGGUCAAGCGUUAUCGAAUUUGGAUCAACAAGACCAGAGAAGAGUAAUAGUACAACAAUAUCAGAGAAGUGAUAUAGUACAUUACGAUGAAACAAUUCAUGAUGCUGUUAUCCAUAAUGUCUUUCUCUGUUUGAUGUUCAACGCAGCGCUCAGAAAUAUUUCAGCAACGUUUGCCUGCAAAUCAUCAAAUCUGGACCAGACAAUCUAGUGAUGGAUAUUAUGGUAAAGAAGAGAAACUAUGCAUUAGUUCCGGUGACUGUAAUUCUUCCUACAAUUUCCUCAAAUUAGCUAGUAGUCUAUUAAUGAUUUCUACCCGUGAAGUUCCGGGUUAGAUCUAUCAUUAGUAACUCAUGCUUGUCGUAAGAGGCGACUAACGGGAUCGGGUGGUCAGGCUCGGUUGGUUGACCGAACGUAUUAACAUUACCUUUAUUUAUUUAUCGACAUUCAAUUUCAGACCUGCAAAAGGCUGCAAAAGUAUUUAAUAAGGCUCUAAGACUAGUUUCAGUUUCAUUUUAAAAUACUUCAUAUUUCUUUUCUUACCAUAAUUCCUAAAAUAUCUGCAACCAUGAUGAAAAGACAAGGUGAAAGUGGAUCCCCUUCACUGCUGCCAGUAGUGGUGUUGAGGAAAGAUGCAAGAUUACCAUUAUGAAUUAUUCAGGAGGAGGUGUUCGUCAGUACAAACCAUUUUGCCAUAAAUGGCCCAACUUCGAAUCUUUCUACAACUUUAGGAAUGAAUUUUUUAUAUUUGUGUCCGCCAGUCGUCAAGGCCAAGCUCAGUCAAAAAGUGCCCAGACAAAUAAACCCCAAAUAAAGCAGGUUGGUGAUAAACGCUCAGCUCCUGAAUAAAA